CAUCUUCUCCACCUCCAAACCACCACAACACAUAACCCUUCUCCUUCCUUCCUUCCUCCUUAGAUAUAUUCUUCAGUAGUCCUAACUCGUCAACAGUUGUUUUUUCGGUUUUGGCUUCCCCUUUCCUACCAUCUUUUUUCCUCCACUAAGAAUAUAUAUAUUUGGAAGAUAUACUGAAAAAAGCACUAUCUACAACUUGUUGUCGAUAUAUCCUUCCUUUGAAAAAUCUACCUGUCUGUCUAUCUCCUUCUCCUACCUUCUCUACCACCAAGGGAUGUAUUUCAGCCUAAGCUAAUCCACCAACCAUGAUCAUGAACAUAUGAUUAUGUGCGGCCUGAAAGACGACAACAACGACAAAAACCAACAGCAACAAGAAAUGCAUCACAGCGACUCUACAGCGGCAGCCUGCUUCUACGGCGGAGGAGGAGGAGGAGGAGGGCAGGGACACGGUGUCUUCCAGGAGCUGGCUUCCCCUUGGGCGUAUCAUAAUCCCGCCGUCAACUCAUCAUAUCAAGACCAAUUCCUCAUCCCGCCGCCUCAGUCAUCGUCGUCUUACGGUGGGUUCUUCAAUCGAGGCCCGUCUUCUUUGCAGUUGGCGUACGACGUCGGAUCGUCGGCAGCGGAACACCUGAGGAUGAUAUCCGAGACGUUGGGCCCGGUGAUCCAUGGUGGUGGUGUGCCGUUUGGACUGCAGGCCGAGCUGGCCGGGAAGAUGACCGCUCAGGAGAUUAUGGACGCCAAGGCCCUGGCUGCUUCCAAGAGCCACAGCGAGGCCGAGAGGCGGCGCAGGGAGAGGAUCAACAACCACCUCGCCAAGCUCCGCUCCUUGCUCCCCAGCACCACCAAACAGACGGACAAGGCGUCAUUGCUGGCGGAGGUGAUCCAGCACGUGAAGGAGCUGAAGCGGCAGACGGACGUAAUAGCCGAGACCACCCCGGUCCCGACGGAAGUGGACGAGCUGACCGUCGACGCCAACUCCGACGAGGACGGCAAGUUCGUCAUCAAGGCCUCCAUCUGCUGCGAGGACAGGUCGGACCUUCUCCCCGACCUCAUCAAGACGCUCAAGGCGCUGCGCCUCCGCACGGUCAAGGCCGAGAUCACCACCCUCGGCGGCAGGGUCAAAAACGUGCUCUUCAUCACCGCCGACGACGAACAAAGCCAGCAGCAGCAACAGCCGGUGCAGUACUCGAUCAGCGCGAUCCACGAGGCGCUCAAGGCCGUGAUGGAGAGGAGUGGCGGCGGAGGGGAUGAUUCUUCUUCCGGGAGUGUCAAGAGACAGCGUACUAACAACAACAACAACAACGUUAACAACAACAUCAUCGAACAGCAACAACAUCACAGGUCUCUAUGACGUAACUCUCUUUUGGUGCAUGGGGGGAGUGUUUUAUUAAUUAUGGGUUCAGUGGAGUGUGGGAGGUCUCUCUAUGAUUUAGAAAAAAAGGAGACACCUCUCCCACGGUGUCAAAUGUCUUUUUUCUUUGGUUCAGUUUGUGUGGUGUGGUGUGGGUUUUCUUCUUCUUCUUGGAUUGUGUUUUUUUUGUUUUUCUGGGUUUUGGAUUGGCAGUGAAGGAAACAGCAGGUAAUGAUGAAUGCAACAUAUAGAGGGAGAGAGAUAUAAAUGAAAUACUACUAAGGGUUGUCUACGUACGUACGUAGGAAACUUAAUUUGUUUCUUCUUGGCGUUGAAAUGAUGAGAAGUGACGAUUUCUCGAAGAGGGAAGAAGAAGAAGUCUCUGGUGGGU